AUGAAGCUUAACGUAGCCAUCAUAAUUGCUAUCCGGAUACUUUUGGGGAUGGUCAUUGCCUUACCCACUCUUCAGAUCGAUCCCAGACACAUUCCCUACGGAAUGGAAGAAUUUCGACCAUUUCUUGUCAGAAAUUCCACCGACGUGCUGCCUUUGUCAAAAAAUCUCACGCAAAUUCAACGACUUCGAUGGGCCGAUAAAUGUGUGCAGUUUAGGAAUAAGUGCUCAUUGGCAGAGCAUUGUUGCAGUCUAAAAUGCUUGAAACGAAUUUAUCGCUGCAUUACGUAGAUUAAAACAAGUAGAUGUAACUAAUAAGUACUUAAUAAUUUAAAAAAUUUACUUAUUUUAUUAGAAAUAUUAAAUAUAUAUUUUUUAAAUACAUGAGGUUGCCAAUGAAAAGUUCUGGAUUGGAAAUCAUUUAUCAAAAAGUGUG